CCUAUUGGCUGCUCAGCCGAGAGUGGGCGUGUUUAAGGCAACAGCGUGGGUUCGCCUAUGUGACACAAUUAUACCAAUUUUAAUCUGGUGGCAAAUAGAAGUUUGACAUUAUUUGAAGUAAUUCCUCGCUGUAAUAGUGUUCGAGUGACCAUUCAUGCAUGAAACGUUUAUUUUCUCCAUCACACUCGUGAUUUUUCAGAAUGUGAGAAGGAGGGUCAACUGGAAGAUAACUCAUUUCCCGCAAGGAUAUACGUCCGAAUUUUAGCAAAAAGUUACGAAAUUAUAGCGGGUUUUUUUUGGACCUCGUGGAUUUCACGCUUCGUUUCCACGGUGCAAUCCCAUGCAAUCGUGCCGAGUGUCGCUCGCCGUAGCUGCCUGCGCUGCUGCUCGAAGCCUCGGUGCUACUGGUGAUGAGGAAAAGAAAAUGGCGGCGGGAAAAGCGAGUGAGACCGAGGAGGACUUUCCUAGGCUGACCGCGCAGGAGAGAGACCGUUUAGCUGGAAUUGACAGCUCACUGUUUGGAUUUCUGAGGCUUCAUGAAGAUGGCGCCAGAACGAAGGCCUUGCUUUUAAAGGCUGUACGUUGCUAUGAAUCUCUGAUCCUGAAAGCUGAAGGAAAAGUCGACCCCGAGUUAUUUUGCCAGCUGGGUCACUUUAAUCUUCUACUGGAGGAUUACCCAAAAGCAUUAUCAGCAUACCAGAGAUACCACAGUUUACAGUCAGACUACUGGAAGAAUGCUGCCUUUUUAUAUGGCCUUGGUAUGGUGUACUUCCAUUACAGUGCUUUUCAGUGGGGGAUUAAAGUAUUUCAGGAGGUGCUGUACAUUGAUCCCAGCUUCUCUCGAGCCAAGGAGAUUCACCUGCGCCUUGGGUUAAUGUUUAAGGUGAACACAGACUAUGAGUCAAGCUUAAAGCACUUUCAGCUGGCUUUGAUUGACUCAAACCACUGCACAUUGUCCAAGGCUGAAAUUCAGUUCCACAUUGCUCAUUUGUAUGAAAUACAGAAAAGAUACCGUGCAGCAAAGGAGGCUUAUGAAAGUCUCUUGCAGACAGAGAAUCUCCCUACCCAGGUGAAAGCAGCUACUUUACAACAGCUUGGCUGGAUGCAUCAUACUGUGGAGCAGCUGGGAGACCGAGCCAAUAAAGACAGUUACGCUAUACAAUGUCUGCAGAAAUCUCUCGAAGCUGACCCCAACUCUGGCCAGUCCUGGUAUUUUCUUGGAAGGUGCUACUCAAGUAUUGGGAAAGUGCAGGAUGCAUUCAUUUCUUACAGGCAGUCCAUAGACAAAUCUGAGGCCAGUGCAGAUACUUGGUGCUCCAUAGGGGUGCUGUAUCAGCAGCAGAAUCAGCCCAUGGAUGCUCUUCAGGCAUACAUCUGUGCUGUGCAGUUGGACCACAGUCAUGCUGCAGCCUGGAUGGACCUGGGCACGCUCUACGAGUCCUGCUAUCAGCCCCAAGAUGCCAUCAAGUGCUAUAUUAACGCCACACGCAGCAAAAGCUGCAGCAACAUCGCAGCAAUCACUACCCGCAUCAAAUACCUGCAGGCUCAGUUGUGUAACCUUCAUCACACUAGUCUACCGAGUAAAAGUAAAAUGCUUCCUAAUAUUGAGGAAGCAUGGAGCCUCCCAAUCCCCGCAGAGCUUACCUCAAGACAGGGCGUCCAGAUCACAGCUCAGCAGGUAAGUAAACCCCACCCCAGUGCAGGAGGGCUUCUAAUGGAGGCACAUGGCUCUGGGCAGUCCCUGCCCCCCCACGUCAGCCCUCUUCGCCAAGAUGAUGGACAGUCAAACCCUGCUAAGAGGAAGAGGACUUCCAGUCCUGCUCAGUGUUUUGCAGAGUGGGGCAAUAACCUAGCCGAGCAGCAAACUCCAAACUGGCAACUAUCACCACAAAAACUACAACUGUUGGAGCAGAUGCGGGCCAACAGGGCAAGUCUGAAGCCGGUGCAGUUGCAGAUGUUGGAACAGCUGGAAGCUCAGCUCUCAGCAAUGCAGUUGGACCAGCAACAGAUGGGACAGAAUGCAGCUGGGAAUAUGCAGGCCCCCCUCUCCAAUGGCCCCACAUCUGCUCCUUCACUGGCCCAUUCCCGCAGACCUGUGCUUCGCCCCCUCUGUGCUUCUCAGCUGCUGGUCAACGGGCCACUCGCUCCUAGCCCCCAACCCCCCUCAGUUGUCAAUAAUCACACCCAACGACCGGGAACCAAUGGAGACGUGCCUUACCUGCACUCUAAUGUACUACCUCACAACUGCACAAGCCUGGGUGAUGCGUGGAAGAGCCAGCAUCUUAGUACCACUCAGGGGCUUCAAAAAGGCCCAGGUUCACAUUGGACAGGUCUCAAUGGGGAAAGGACACACUCUUCCAGUGGCUGGGCUGAUGGUGGCCCUCACAAUCAGGUCGGACAUUCCACUUCGACCCCUAGCAACUCUUCUGAGUCAGCCGGCAGUCACCUGUCCUCCCCACCCCACUCCUUGGCUUCUUUAUCAACUACUUCCGUGCACACAGCUACCUCAGGCAUUCCCCUGACCAAAGAGAGCGAGCAUGCGCAGGGCAGCUGUGCCACUGUGGCCAACCACUGCAGCCCCAAGUAUACAACUGGCUCACCAGAUACCUACUCCUCAGGCAAUCCACAGGUCUGUGCUCCAGUGAUGGGCAAGGAGAGCCUAACAGCAAGCUCUAGGCUUAACCAUGUGCACCUGGGUGCCAACUCAGCUGACUCUUCACCCGCCUCUGCAUUGUCUGCCACUUCGUCCUCACCCCACACCAAUGAGCCCACAGGUAACUUUACCAAGCCUGACUCAGUACAUGGCAGUGCACAAGGGGCAUGUUCUGAGGACUCUCAGAGCCCACUAAAGGCUGAGCCACCUGAGGCAUGUCUCAAAGCCGGCCCUCUCCUCAGAAGCGUGCAUUCAUCCUCCACUGUAUCCAUCUAUCCAACUUCUUCAGACAUCCUCAAAGCAUGCAGAAAUCUUGGAAAGAAUGGUCUUUCAAGCAGCAGCAUCCUGCUGGAUAAGUGCCCUCCACCCCGCCUUCCUCUUCCUCCAUCACCCCCUCUGCCAAAGGACAAGCUCAACCCCCCCACACCCAGCAUUUAUUUGGAGAAUAAGAGAGAUGCAUUCUUCCCUCCACUGCACCAGUUCUGCAUCAACCCAUCCAACCCAGUCACUGUCAUCCGUGGCUUGGCAGGAGCUCUCAAACUGGACUUAGGUCUGUUUUCCACUAAGACUCUAGUGGAGGCUAACCCAGAGCACCUGGUGGAGGUGCGGACACAGCUGUGCCAGCCAGCUGAUGAAAACUGGGAUCCCAGCGGCACCAGAAAACAGUGGCGAUGUGAGAGCAACCGAUCCCUUACCACCAUUGCCAAGUAUGCUCAGUAUCAGGCUACAUCCUUCCAGGAGUCACUACGGGAGGAGAAUGAAAAAAAGGGCCAAAAGGAACUCUCAGAGUCUGAAAUGUCAACAUCAGAAAAUGUUAAAAGAAGGCGGAAAGGUCCAUUCAAGCAAAUUAAGUUUGGGACAAAUAUUGAUGUUUCGGAUGAGAAAAAGUGGAAGCUUCAGCUACAGGAGCUGAGUAAGCUGCCUGCAUUUGCUCGGGUGGUGUCUGCAGGGAACUUGCUCAGCCAUGUGGGCUACACCAUCCUAGGCAUGAACACUGUUCAACUCUUCAUGAAGGUCCCUGGUAGUAGAACACCUGGUCAUCAAGAAAAUAACAAUUUCUGCUCUGUCAACAUCAACAUUGGGCCAGGCGACUGUGAGUGGUUUGCAGUCCCUGAGCCAUACUGGGGGGUAAUGAGUGAGUUCUGUGAAAAGAACAAUGUCAACUUCCUGAUGGGUUCAUGGUGGCCAAACCUGGAAGAUAUGUAUGAGGCCAAUGUUCCGGUGUACCGAUUUAUCCAGCGACCCGGAGACCUGGUUUGGAUCAACACAGGCACAGUACACUGGGUCCAGGCCAUCGGCUGGUGCAAUAACAUCUCCUGGAAUGUGGGCCCUCUUACUGCACAUCAGUACAAAUUAGCUGUGGAACGAUACGAGUGGAACAAACUCCAGACUGUCAAGUCAGCAGUUCCAAUGGUGCAUCUCUCCUGGAACAUGGCAAGGAACAUCAAAGUGUCUGACCAUAAGCUCUUUGAGAUGAUCAAGUUCUGUUUGCUGCGGACACUCAAACAGUGUCAGAAGGUAAAGGAGGUGCUGAUAGCAGCAGGGAAGGAGACCAUAUGGCACAGAAGAAGCAGGGAUGAACCUGCACGCUACUGCACCAUCUGUGAGGUUGAAGUUUUCAAUCUUCUCUUUGUCACGAGUGAGAGCUACUCCAGGAAGACAUUUGUGGUUCACUGCCAGGACUGUGCACGCAAAGGCAGCAAUGACCUGGAUGGUUUUGUGGUGCUAGAACAGUACAGGAUGGAGGACCUCAUGCAGGUCUAUGACCAGUUUUCAUUAGCUCCUCCCCUGCAUUCAUCUUCAUCUUGACAUUAGGACUCUGUAGUUGUGAACAAUAUCACAUUACAGGAACUUUAAAAAAAAAAAAAAAAAAAAAAAAAAGGAAAAAAGGACCAUUUCUGAUAUUCAGGAAAGUCAAGGCUGUGCGGUGCAUGGCCGGUAUCCAUAGUGACCGCCCAGGGCUGCCCACUGAAGCAGCUGUGUGUGUCUAUGCAACAUGUUGUUAAAGUGCAGCACAUCAUGUUGGCCUACUGGGGGCAGUAGUGGAAGCACUUCUCGCAGGACGGCUCUCUCCUAUACGGCUCGGCUCUGCUUCUCCAGAGAAAUUAAAACAAAACACAGGGGAAAUGUUUUGUAUAUAUUGUAUGAACAGCUGGCAUAGUCACAAGACUACUGACUUGAGAAAUCCGCCCCCCCAUUUUCCUUUUCGUACUUUGUUAAUGAGCUGAUACACAAUCCUUUAUUCUUUGUGUCUAAAAGGGUGUCCCUUACAUGAGGGACACUAGCCUAGCUGGUCUUUUUGUAUGAGAAAUAGCAAUUUUACCACUAAAAAUUAUUAUGUGAAGAUUUAGGUGAUCAGAUUUUUUUUUUUUUUUUUUUUUUUUUUACUGCUUUUAUGUUUUAUUAGUCUCUCUCUCUAUAUAUAAAAAAACAUUCAAUGUUUUUAUUUCUUAUGUAAGAAAAAGGAAAAAUAGUGAAGAAAAAAGAUACCAGCCAAGUCACAAAGAAAAUGGAUUGCACAUAGACUAAGGAAUAAAGUUUAAAUUGUGACUCUCCUCCUAAACACGCGUGCCCGUGUUUCUAAUAUUGAUGUACAUUUUCACUAUUUAUAAAUGCAUAUUUAUUGCUUGAAGAUAUUUGUUGAUGGAAUGCUGUUAUUUUUUUCCCAGAUUACCUGCCAUUAAAUUUGAAGGAGUUUUGUCAUUUAAACACUACUCCUGCAUUUUCUAUAUAAAAAUAAACCUGCUUAGCAAGCAUUGUACAGAAACCAUUAAAUUGUUUUAUUGUUUGAAUUUAUUGAGUUAUUAAAAGUUUGUAAUAUAUCCAUGCACAUGUUAUAUUAAUGGUUUACGAAGUCAUAUUUUACUGCUUUUGCCUUUGUCUUCCAUUUCCUUUUGGGCAUAUAAAAUAAUACCUGAUAAUGUUUAUUGUAAAUGUAAUAUUUACAUUUAUUAGUUUGGUCAAGAACAGGACGAUAAUUCAGAGUGCAUUUGCUAGAACAUUGACAGUAUUACAUGACUGCAUUUCAGUAAUAAUGGUUUACACACAUGGGUCCCUAAAUUUUUGCAAAAUUUGAAAAUCAUGCAUUGAAAAUUUAUUGGCAUCCAAAAAUAGAUGAAAAACAGAUGAGUGCUGGCUCUUUUUCUGGUACUAUGCAAAAAUGGUACACCACAGGACAUUAUGUUUGGUGUGGUGCAUGUUAGUUAUUAACUUUAUGAUGUCAAGAAUCCAUUCAGUUGCGUAACAAUAUUGUUAUGUGGUUAGUCACCUUUCAUCAUUGUCUCUUCUACAUAACACUCAUAUUUGGACAACACAGUUCAUCUAAUCUCCUUUUCUGUUGAAUUGAAAAUAUGAAAGUCUGAUUCAGAUGUACAGGUGCAUCUGAAAAAAAUUUUAUAUCGUGGAAAAGUUCCUUUUUUCCCUGUAAUUUAAUUCAAAAAAUGGAACUUUCAUAUAUUCUAGAUUCAUUACACAAAGUGAAAUAUUUCAAGCCUUUUUUGUUUUACUCUUGAUCAUUAUGACUUACAGCUCAUGGAAAUAAAAAAUCCAGUAUCAAAAUAUUAGAGUAUUAUGAAAGUUCCACAUUUUGAAUUAAAUUACGGACAAAAAUGAACAAUAUUCUGUUGUUGUUGUUUUUUUAGAUACACCUGUAUGCUAUCUGCAGCUUUAUGGAUAAGUUUCAUUGGUUGGUCAGUGCUCAGCUUCACUAUGACACCAGAAAUCUUCUACUUGUCAUGUUUAAGUUUUCAGUUCAAAGAUACUAGCUGAAAUUUCAGAAUUGGUUGAUUUACCUAUUUUGUUAUUCAUUAAUCAUUAUUAUAGUUUUUUUUCCAUUUCCCCCCAUCCAUUCCCAGAUAUUUUAAUGCAGCAGCAGAUGUUCUUUGUCUCUAAAUGAACACUGCGUUAAUUCAUGCAGUUUGGUAUCACCACGUGUGUAUCAGAACUGUCAAAUUAACAGAUUACAGCUACACAAUCCAUAUAAACAAUCAAGUAACAAGGUGAGCUAUGUAACUGAAACAUUAUUACAUAGAGUAGCACACAAAGGACAUUGAGUAUUAUUUACACCCCCUGUAGAGAAACUUUCUUUUGCCAAACAUGAAUGAGUUAGAAAGCCCCGUCAAUGAGGUAGCUAACUUUUAAACCAAAAUCACAUAAGUGAAACUCUGUUAAAGAAAUUAGUUUAUUUAAAUACUUCAACAUGUGUUAAUGAUGUAACUUACAUUUCUGAGCUGUACUCAUGCACCAAACAUGAUUUCACAAGAUGCUUAAAAGAUGGAUCUGAAACCCAGCAGACAAUGUAGCUGUAGGUUCACUAACACAGAUAUCUACACUGCAUGCCAGGUACAAGACCAUCUCUGAUGCCUUUGCAACAUUGACCUUUGGGUUGUAUUAGUACUAUGCAAGUAUCCCAUAAACCCCAUGCUACAUGAUUCAAUUUAACAGACAGUUCUCUUACAUAAUGCUUCCUUUAUCACUCAAAUCAUUCAAAGAGACAGAUGGAAGCUACUGCUGUUCAAAGGAUUAUGAAACAUGUGUUUGGGUCUUGGAGAAACUACAUUUCUCAGAAGAUUUAAUUUAAUGAAUGAAGUCCAUUAGAGACCCAGUAGCCAGAUGUAGCUGCUGACAGGUAGACAGGACCUACACUGAUUACUGAGCAACUGAGGGGCUCCUGAACAACCUGCUAACUGUAAUCUUAUAUGAAUGUGAGAUUAGAUGUUACAACAGUGAAGAAGUUAAACCAACAUAUGGUCAAUUAUUAUAUGGAGUACUUAAAGACAUGUUUAUUAUUCAGAACUUGUAAUUGUGAUUGAAAUCAGAAAUUGUAUUGUGAUUCUUUUUGUUUUCAUAGAAUUCACAGUAUUUAUUACAGCAUUCCUUUUUCUUGUGGGUUGGCUCUGUCAUAUAGCAAUACAUGUAAUGUUCUGCUGCAAUAACAUCAUGAUGAAUAAUCAUGUAAGGUUGCAUGCUGAUUAGUUGUGCGUUCCUGCAAAAAAAAUGACAGAAAGGCUUAUACUCUAUAUUGUGUCGGUGGGCAGUUGUAUCAUCAGUGUGGUAGGCUGAUGUGACAUGGAAAAAGGAGACCCACCAGACACAUAAGCUCGCCUUAGGUUCAGGUAGUGGGAAGUUAAACAGGAGUUAGUGUAAUUUUUUUUAACCUGACUCAUUUCACUCAGGUUUGAAAAAUGGUUCUUGGACAGAAUCGCAUCAUAACAUUUUAUUGAACAUUUUCUACAACUGGCUUAUAGGGGGCACUAGAUAAACAGGAAAUGUAAGGACAUACAACAGGACAAUGUUAUCAGUUUGCUAAUUAAGGGAAUACCAUCUAGUGAGAUAUUUCAUGCACUACCAUUUCUCUCACUUGCCCUCUUGCUCUCUGCCUUUCUCACUCCCCUUUUCGGGCUCCUGCACUGUGUCAUCUAUCUGAAAGUUGUGGCGUUCCCCUUUUCCACUGCUGCUUUACUGCAUCACCUUUUUCUGUGAUUUGACUGGCUGUAUGACAACACAUGACUCUUCAAUUUUUUUUCCAUGAAUCAGAAGAAAAAAAAAGGCCCAACGCUGAGGAAGUCAGCGUGAUGGAGGGAACUGGUGUAUGUAGGAAAAACAAUCAUGUAUAACUAUUCAGCCAAGAUUUUCAAGUGUAUUUUUCAGACAGACCUUGUCUCUCAUUUAUGACAGUGUUUUAGGACAACUGUUAAAAAAAAACCAAUAAGAUUUUGAGAAUAGUGUUGCAAUAUUUAGAGAAUAAAGUCAGAAUAUUAUGACAAAAUGUUACAUAUCAUGUUUGUGUGUUUAAAAUGUGGGCGGUGAAGAUUUUGUGAAUUUGUUUCUUUUGUUGAAGGUUGUCUUCAAGGCUAACAACGGUUACAUCUGCGUGCCAGUCAAAGAAAACGUGUAGAUGAAUGAAAUUCAAAAGGAUCGAUCCAGGAGGAGUGGAACUCCGGUGCACUCCGAGUCCCUAAUGAGUUAUGGCAUAUUGACUACGAUACAAUGUAGACCAAUGGCAAGUCAUUAUCCCAUAAAGCAUCGGGGACUCGAAUGCUGUACUGACAGUGCUGGAGUUAUAUCUGUUAUGCCACAGAUGUAACCAUGGAUAGUCUUCAAGGUGACCACUGCUUUCACCGAUUUCCGAUAGAGAUCUAAAUGGAAUCUCUGUUUGCUUCUCUAGGCUCAUUGUUUUUUUUUUAAUAUAAUUGUGUGUACUGUGAAACCCGAUGGGACAUUCCACGCACCGUGCAUGUGGAAUCAAUUCUCAAAUGGGAUUUCCUGAUUCUCUGGACCAAGCCAAACACUUGGACAUGUAAUUCAGAUGUAAUUCAGAUUCAGAAUGCCAGAAUUUUGUCUAGAACAAGAAGAACUAGAUUCGACACUUUCUGAUGAAAAUGUGAGUGGCGCAAAAUUCAACACGGACAUGCAGCCACAUAUGCCGGUCAGUAGGGGGAGCUACAUUGCGUUUUAGCCAGGUCUACUCCCUAAGAUUUACAAGAGGAUAUAUGACAAGAGCAUGACAGGCGAACAAGGUCCAAGCUGUGACACCUGUUUUAUUCCCCAUUCAUCCUCUAUGGGUUGAAAACACAAGAGUUUUUUUGUCCGCAGUUCAAACAUUGUUAGACUGUUCGCUUAAAAGUCAAAAGCAUGUCCGUAACGUGAAAGGUUGCGUGCCAAACAUUUGUCUGGAAGAACAAUAAUUAUAACUAGCUAUGCACAGUUUGAGGAAAAACUUUGAUGCUGGCUAGACAAAGCAAAUCUGAAAGUUUAAAAUAUUUAUCAGUUUGAAAUGUGAAGGCAAUGUACAGUUUUAAGAAAGAAAGAGAGACAGAUAGAUAGGGUGCCAAUAUCUGUAGAGUUGAUUAGACAGGCAGAUAGACAGACAGACAGACAGAGCCAAUGCUUUUAGAGUUGAUUAGCUAGAUAGGGUGCCAGUACUUCUAGAGUCGGAUAGAUAGAUAAGUUGCUGAUACUUGUAGUUAGAUAGAUAGGGUGCCAAUAUUUGUAGAGUUGAAUAGAUAGGGUCCCAAUACUUGUAGAGUUGAUUAGAUACAUGGAUAGAUAGAUAGAUAAAGUCAGAGUGCCAGUAGUUGUAGUUAGAUAGAUAGGGUGCCAAUACUUGUAGAGUU